AUGGACGGCUGCAGCUCGGACCCGGACCCGCACCUGCAAACCUCCUCCCCGCUGCAGGCGAGGGGCGUCUACCGGGCCGGCGACGACCCUGUGGUGACCCGGGACCUCCGGGUCCUCAGCCGCCUGCGGCUCCAGGAGGCCGAGGCCCAGGUGACCUCCAGCUCCCCUGAAGGUCACGGCAGCAUCCAGCCGUUCAUGAGGCGGACACUCACGGUCUGGAUGUUCAAGGUGUGCGAGGACCAGCUGUGUGAGGAGGAGGUGUUCCCGCUGGCGGUGUGUUACCUGAAUAGUUACCUGAGCCGCUUCGGCGUCGAGAAGUCCAACCUGCAGCUCUUAGGAGCCGUCUGCAUGUUCCUGGCCUCCAAGAUGAGAGAGACCGUCCCGCUGACCGCCGGCAAGCUGUCCAUCUACACCGACAACUCAGUUUCAGUGUUGGCAAUCCUGCAAUGGGAGGUAACAGUGGUGUCCAGGUUGGACUGGUGUCUGGCCUCCGUGGUGCCUUCUGACUUCCUGGAGCCGAUUCUUCAUGCUCUGCCCUUUAUCCGGAGCCUCCACUUCCAGAACAUACGCAGGCAUGUCCACUCCUAUAUUGCUUUGGCAGCCAUGGACUGUAGGUUCUCAGCCUUCUUGCCGUCUACUCUUGCUUGUGCCUGUGUGAGCAUUGCCCUGCAGAGCCAAAAGCUGGUGGUGGAUGUCCAUGUCUCUUCAGAUUCAAUCAUUUCAUUUUUGUGCAAACUGGUGGCUGUCGAUUUGAAGAGCGUCCUGAGCUGCUGUGAGCUGCUGGGGAGUGUGCUGGAGAUCACCCUGCCCUUCUGUUUCCAGCCCAGUGUUGGCAGGUCAGCUGCACACAGUUCAGGGAUAAGCUUAACCCCUGCUGACAUGCAGGAUGUUGCAUGGACAGCGGUAAAACCACCUCAGGAAACCGAGCAAAAGGCACUCCUCCCUGCCAUAAACGAUUCAAAUGAACUAUAAAUUUACUGCCAGGAGUUGCUUAAUGAG